AGCGAUAGCAGAGUAAAGCAGUCCUCGUUGAAGACACUGUCACCUGACUGAUAUUUUCAUGGGCUACCCCUGGUAUUCGUCGCCUGUAUUUAAUCCUGAGGUGCUUUAACAAUUAAAUUGGAGUUAAAUGCUGUGGCAUCUGUUACUUCUUACUAUCACGACAAGGCGCUACUCUGUAUCCCCGUUGAUGUACACGAGUGCUACAACUUUGCCUAAAACGGAACAGAAGACCAGCUCUGCAGGGGCUUGGCAAUGGAACGGUGGCGAUGCUAGGGUUACCAUGGGCAGCGUCACUCUGCGCUACUUCUGCUAUGGGUGUCUCUUCACAUCGGUGACCUGGACCCUCCUGCUCUUCCUGUACUUCACCCUCAGCCAGGAGAGUCCGCCCUUCAAAUAUGUGCCCGUCCCGGGGGGCCAGUCCUUCAGCUUCCAACACCGCUUCCAGCCCCGCUUCACCCGGGCCCCGGGGCCCGCGCCCCUGCCCCAGGACCCGCCCAGGGAGCAGCCCCGCAGAGCGCCCGUCCCGGGCAGGAAGGCCGCGGACCUCUCCCCGGAGAUGGGUAUGAUCUUCAAUGAGCAGGACCAGGAGAUUCGAGACAUGGGUUAUCACAAGCAUGCUUUCAACGUGCUCAUAAGCAACCGUCUGGGAUACCAUAGAGACCUGCCUGACACUAGAAAUGAAAAGUGUAAGGAGAAGCUGUACCCUCUGGCUCUGCCCUCUGCCAGCGUGGUGAUCUGCUUCUUCAACGAGGCCUUCUCCGCCCUGCUGAGGACGGUGCACAGCGUGCUGGACCGCACGCCCGCCUAUCUGCUGCACGAGAUCAUCCUGGUGGACGACAACAGCGAGCUGGCCGACCUGAAGGAGGAGCUGGACGCCUACGUCCGCCUGAACCUCCCCGGGAAGGUGAAGCUGGUGCGGAACCAGAAGCGCGAGGGCCUGAUCAGGGGGCGGGUCAUCGGCGCCUCUCACGCCACGGGGGAGGUGCUGGUCUUCCUGGACAGCCACUGCGAGGUGAACGAGCUGUGGCUGCAGCCGCUGCUGACUCCCAUCAAGGAGGACCGGCGGACGGUGGUGUGCCCCGUCAUCGACAUCAUCAGCGCCGACACGCUGGUCUACAGCCCCUCCCCCAUCGUCAGAGGAGGUUUCAACUGGGGCCUGCACUUCAAGUGGGACCCUGUGCCCCUGUCAGAGCUGAGCAGCCCAGACGGAGCCAUCGCACCAAUCAGGUCUCCAACGAUGGCCGGGGGUCUGUUCGCCAUGGACAGGAAGUACUUCAACGACCUGGGGCAGUACGACAGCGGCAUGGACAUCUGGGGAGGGGAGAACCUGGAGAUCUCAUUCAGGAUCUGGAUGUGCGGCGGCCAGCUCCUGAUCAUUCCAUGCUCGAGGGUGGGGCACAUUUUCCGGAAAAGACGACCCUACGGUUCGCCGGGAGGGCAGGACACCAUGGCCCAUAAUUCCCUGCGCCUGGCCCACGUGUGGAUGGACGAGUACAAGGAGCAGUACUUCGCCCUGCGGCCGGAGCUGAGGACGCGGAGCUACGGCGACAUCGGCGAGCGGCUGGCCGUGCGCAAGCGGCUGCAGUGCCGCUCCUUCAGGUGGUACCUGGACAACAUCUACCCCGAGAUGCAGGUGUCCGCCCCUCACAACAAGGCCCAGCAGCCCGUCUUCGUCAACAAGGGGCUGAGGAGGCCGAAGGUGCUGCAGCGCGGAAGGCUCCGCAACCUGCAGGUGAACAAGUGUCUGGUGGCUCAGGGCCGCCCCAGUCAGAAGGGCGGGGUCGUGGUGGUGAAGGGCUGCGACCUCAACGACCCAGAGCAGGAGUGGGCUUACGACGAGGAGCACGAGCUGAUCCUGGCCGGGCUGCUGUGCCUGGACAUGUCGGAGAUCCGCUCGUCCGACCCGCCCCGCCUCAUGAAGUGCCACGGCUCGGGGGGGUCGCAGCAGUGGACCCUGGGGAAGAGUAACCGCCUGUACCAGGUCUCCGUCGGCCAGUGUUUGGCCGUUAUGGACCCGCUCAGCCCCAAAGGGUACGUCGCCAUGGCGAUAUGCGACGGAUCGCAGUCUCAGCAAUGGCAGCUGGAGGACUGAUGCUGCCGAGCGGUCGGAGGGGGUCGGGGCCACAUAAUUCAUAAACCCUCAUCUCCGGGCCUGGGCCCCUGAACCCCACCGCCCCGCCCGCGGUCCCCUGCACUACCGCGCCCUUCCCAGAAGGCAGAGGAAAGCGGGCUGUCUUUCUGGUCCAGGAGCCACAGCUUUCAUCAACCGGCGAACUCGCCAACCAGUCAGCUACUCUAUCGGCUGACACGCAGCCCAGUUACCAGGUAGUAGGACCUAGCUGCAGGCCUAGCCAUAGCUCAAACUGUUAUCGUGCGCUAUUGGUCAGUCUUAUUUUUACUUUUUUUUCCCCCCAGAAAUGUAUUUUCCUUUUCUGGUUUUUAGAAACUAUUCUCAAAUCUUGUACUACAGUUAUAAAUUGUUUUUAUUGCGAAGUGUUAUUUAUAAUCACUGUUUUAAGUCAUGAUUUUUUUUUUUUUUUUCAAAUUUGUUUGCACAGUAAAGGGUAGCUUUUCUCUAUUUUGGUGUUGCGUUCCAAAAUAAGUUUACAGAAAAGUACCACUUGACAGUAAAAGGCACCAUUUAAAAAAAAAAAAAACAAUCUAAAUAGUAUUAUUCCAAUUAUUGUAAUGUAUGUAAGUGAUGACAAAGAAAUGUUUUGUGAAAAUGCGAAGCAUUUUUGAAAUCUGCACAAUAAAGCUCCGUUAUGCAGUUGUCCUCGGAAGAAAAAAAAAAAACCAAAUCAUAUGAAA